ACUUUACUCAAGCAUUUAAGUUCUGAUUUCUCUGUCUGAAUCACUGCGCAGUUGUUUUUGAUCAAUAGCCUCCCAGUGUCCUCUUAAAAUCCUGGUCGUCUCAAUGGCGUUUUCACGACCUGUUUGGCCAUAUGACAACUGGGAAGAUGACGAUAAAUUCAAUUUUCAGGACUGUCCCCAUCUUCUUCAGCCUCGUGAUGUAAGGUCCAUCCUGUCCAAACCAACAGAAAAACGAACAUCUUUCUUUCGAAAUCUAGAAUCUUCUUUGAAACUGGACGAGACAGAAUUUAAAAAUGUACGAGACACAUUUUUCAAGAUGAUUGAGGACGCUUUGGUUGGUCUUCAAAAAUUAUACAGGAUUUUCGAGGACAGCUACUUAAAACUUGCUGGCAGUUCCGCAGAAAAUACCAAAAUUGGAAAACCGGAUGAAUUUGAUUUUACUGUUAUUCUUCCAAGAUUGGCACAUCCAGAUAUGUUUUUUCGACGUAGGAGAAAACAAAACAAAGCAUUUUUAGAGUUGUGUGCUGAUCUUCACCUUAAGGAUCCAGACAGGUUUGCAGAUGACAUUCACUGCCCAUUAAAAGGUCUUCUGUCCGCUAGUUUGAUUGAACAUCUUGCACCAGGAUGGAAGUUUGUAAUCACCGGAUGCAAUAUUUUCGAGCGAAGGAUGGCAGAUACUUACCACUUUACCAGGAGCAGCGACUCGUUUGAAGUUGACGUAAAUGUCUGUUUUCUUAUUCCUUUCUCAAAAGAGACAAUACUGAUGCAUUUGAAUGAUUUUCAGCUUGAAAGCGAACAGCUUAUUCAAAGUGAGGCAGAUGAGAGAGGUCUUCUGUACGUGCUGCUUCAGAAAGGAUUUGAAGUCAGAUUUAUCUCAUCUCACCUGGAAACGAAUGCAUUUGCUUCUUUUGGGGGAAACUCGCCUCAGGCACGAACAUACCGUUUGGUUAAAUGCAUCGCCAAAGUUUUACUCCCUAAAAUUGAACAAAGGUACAGGUGUCAUCGCUGUAGAGAGCCAAUAUUUACUUCGUUUUAUCUUAAGAAUAUUGUUCUUUUUCUUUGUGAGUACUAUAAAAAUGAUAAGCAUUGGCAAGAGGAAAGCAUUGGAAGCAGAGUAAUAGAGGCAUUUCUUAUUCUGAACUAUUGCUUUUUGGAAGAUUUCCCACGUAUAGCUGGAUAUUUCUUCCCUGUGACUUACAGCGUGAACGAGUUGUUAGUAUACCGACCGCAAACCAAGUACCUUAUAUCUGAAUCUGAAGAUAUCCAUUUCGUGGAUGAGGGUAAGUUAACAGAAAUAGAAAAGACGUGCGAGGAAGCAGUUUAUUUCACUUUAAACGAAUAUUUGUUCCAAAUGCGAAGUAAGCGAAAAGAAUGUAUUAAAGAUUUAUUUGAAAGCAUGUGUUUAGAAAGAGUUCAGUUUCUUCGCAAUCAUGACCCGGAAGUAAUAAGAUUUGACCCAGGAAUAAGCGAGGCUGGGACAUUAAGAGAUUUCCCGAAAUACGACUUCCUCUUAAGAGAAACUCGUCACGACGAUAUAGCCCAGCAUCGCUGUUUUCUUCCCGAGGUCGAAAGUAUAUGCCAGCUCACCGAAGAUGUGUCCUUUCAUAAAAAGAUCAGAAAGUAUGUGGACCAUUUAGAGACAACGGAAUGGACUUAUAAAGAUGUUUUACAGCGAGUUAUGGAUCUGUUGCUCGAAUUGUAAUGAAGUGAAGUGAACUGAAUAAGAUGUCGUAAAAGGAGAUGAGGUUUUAAAUUUUUUAAAAGAA